CUCUACAGCCGACGAUCUUCCUUCAUUUUAUUUUCAUUGGAACUAUAUGUUCUCUCUCUCUCGAUAGCUCCUCCCAGGAAACCUAUAAUUUCUUAGAUCCAUCUCAGAGAAUGGCUGGUGGAUUUACCAUCAACAUAAACAUUCCGGCGGGUGAAGGAUUUACCAUUAACAUUAACCCAAACUCUGCUCCAGGGGGAGCCGAGGUAGGGGCUGCCUUUGGCCGAAUUCAACCUCCAGCUGGUAAACUAGAUCCUCUCUCUAUAUGUACGAAUCCCUCCUCUCAAAAGCCCCGAGAAUGCUCUGAUCCAUCUAACCCUAAGGUUUUCUUUGAUAUGACGGCUUGCGGUAAACCUAUUGGUCGGAUCGUGAUGGAGCUCUUUGCCGACACGACCCCACGGACGGCAGAGAAUUUCCGCGCCCUCUGUACAGGCGAGAAAGGCAUGGGGAAGAAGGGUAAGCCCCUCCAUUACAAAGGAUCAGUCAUCUACCAUAGGUGCGCCGAUUAUAUGAUUGAAGGAGGAGAUUUCACUAACGAAGGGAAAGGAUGCGGAGGCGAAUCAAUCUACGACAGUGGGUUUUUCGAGGAUGAGAACUUCAUCAAAAAGCACACAUGUCCGGGUAUGAUCUCCAUGAACAACCGUGGUCCUGACACCAACGAAUCUAACUUUAUGAUCUGCUUGACGGAGUGCCCGGAACUCGACGAUGAACACGUCGUGUUCGGCCAAGUUGUUGAAGGAUUGGAUGUGGUCAGGACCAUUUCAAAGAUAUCUGUUAGGGACAAGCUUUCCUGGCCCGUGGUGAUCGCCGACUGCGGUCAGAUUUCAUAGAUCUGAGAUAUUUUCAAGUACAAUGGUUGCUUGGUCCUUUCGCCGACAAGCUUGUGUCCUUUUGAUGUUUGGUCGGGUGCGUUUUUCUUUUUGCUUCUUUCUUGAAUUUAGAUUGGCUACCAUUGAAAAAUGAUAACCAUCAUCAGUUUUAGCUAUAGUUGCUAUUGCAGAAACAUAUUAAAAAUAAAUCUGUGCUUUUGGACCUUUUAAAUAUGUUUUCCAUCAAGAGAUUCUUAUUAGAAUUUAACAUUAGUAAUUGAUUUCUAA